CUGUCUAUCAGGAAGGGCGGGGUCUGGCCGGCAGGUUAGGUUGCGCGUGAACGGCUGUGAAGAGUUGACGGUGAGGGGCCUGAGGCACCGAUAGAGAGACCGGGACAGGGAGACUGUCAGACAGGAGGGGUGGGCCGUUCCUUCUGCCAUGCCGGCCGUACGUCGGGGGAAGCCGGCGGCUCCCCCCUCUGCCUUUCAGGCCGGGCGCAGCUGAGUCGUUUCCCCCCUCAAUCCGUCAGGGGGACGGUGAGGAGAAGGAGGGCGGCGGGGGGAGAGCCGCAGGCCUCCCGGGGGGGUAUUUAUAUGGGCUGCCGCCUACUGAGGUGAAUCAGCCCCUGGGGGGGUGGGAAAAUCUCGAUCAUUAAAUCCCCCACCCCCCUUCUCUUUCCCCCCCCCCCCCCCGAGAAAGAGGGGGUCUCCCUCCCUCAGUCGGUGUCUUCUUCCCCGUCACUCCCCAACUCCCUGUCUCCUUCCGGCAGACGAUACGGAUCCUCCUUCACGCGGCUUCAUAUUCAAGGCCAAGACGACGGGGGUGUUUCCUGCGGCUGUGGUGACCAGAUAUCUUUGUGGAGCAAUUGAUAAUGAAUUAAAAGUCAUGGAUCAGCUUGUAAAUACUGGAACUCAAACAGAUCCUGUUGUGAUAUUAUCCUUUGCACAAGCAACUACUUUGGGACUUGUUGGCCAGAAUGGCCCUUUUAAUUUUCCAUUCAGAGAGAAUGGAAUUUAUCAUAUACCAGAUGCAUCAACUAAUAAGAGCACUGCACUUGAACACAUGACAACAGAACAAAGCCCUAGACUGGAUGUGAUUAACACAUCUGAAUGUUUUGAGCAACAAGAGGAGGAAAGUUUAGAAGCAGAAAAUGGCUUUAUAACUUUUGAAAGGCAAGCAAGGAGGAGGAAACGACAGCCUGUGAAGCUAAUACAUGCUGAAAAAAAUGAUGAAAAUUGUAAGGAGGAAACAGUUGAAGCAGAGUACGAUGCAGAAAAUCAGUCCAACAGUGUUCUGUACAGGCAUGGAAUGAAAAUGAUUGACAUUAGCAACUUCAAAAGAAAACAAAUGCAUCGCCCUCUUCGAGAAAGGACUCAAGAUGUUCACACAGUUAAUUUUUCUCCCAACUAUAAAGAAAUCCUGCAUUGUAAUUCUGAUCUGCAGGAGCGGGUUGAUGCAGAAGAGGAAAAGUUGAUGAACAAUUAUUUUGAAACGAGUAAAUCGCCGACUUUAGUUCAAAUCGAAGAACAAUUUCCAGAAGAGUCGGUGACUGGGGAGAACCGUAACUUUGUAUGGCAACGCCAAGUGGCAUAUGAAACUGAGGUAUCUAUCCCUCAGCAGGAGGAUCGUAGCAGAAGAGCUCAAAUAGAUCGGUUGGAUAUUAAUGUGCAAAUUGAUGAUUCCUAUUGUAUUGAUGUUGGGGAAGGGCAGAAACGAUGGCAGUGUCGGUUAUGUGAAAAAUCGUACACUUCGAAAUAUAACUUGGUCACUCACAUAUUGGGCCACAGUGGCAUUAAGCCUCACGAAUGUCAACACUGUCACAAGCUUUUUAAGCAGCCAAGUCAUUUACAGAUGCACCUUCUUACUCAUGAAGGCAUUCGACCACACAAAUGUGAGGUAUGCGAUAAAGCUUUCACACAGACAAGCCAUCUUAAACGGCACAUGUUGUUGCAUACUGACAUAAAACCAUACAGCUGCAGAGUCUGUGGACGUGGGUUUGCUUAUCCCAGUGAGUUGAAGGCCCAUGAAGCAAAGCAUGAAAAUGGCAGGUGUCAUAUUUGUAUUGAAUGUGGGUUGGAUUUUGUGUCACUAAUUCAGCUCAAGAGACAUCUUGUUGCACAUCAAGGUCCCACACCAUAUGAAUGCACAGAGUGCAACAAGACUUUCAGCUAUCGAAGUCAGCUUCAGAACCAUAUGAUGAAACACCAGAAUAUCCGCCCAUACGUCUGCACCGAAUGUGGCAUGGAAUUUACUCAGCCUCAUCACCUGAAACAGCACUCGCUUACACACAAGGGAGUAAAGGAAUUUAAAUGUGAAGUAUGUGGACGUGAAUUCACCCUUCAAGCAAACCUGAAGAGACACAUGCUGAUUCAUACCAGUGUCCGUGCAUAUCAGUGCCACAUCUGCUUUAAAACAUUUGUUCAAAAACAGACUUUAAAGACCCACAUGAUUGUUCAUUCACCAGUCAAACCAUUUAAAUGUAAGGUAUGUGGAAAAGAAUUCAAUCGGAUGUAUAACCUUCUGGGUCACAUGCACCUUCAUUCAGACAGUAAACCCUUCAAAUGUCCAUACUGUUCAAGCAAGUUUACCCUCAAAGGGAAUUUAAGCCGUCACAUGAAGGUCAAGCAUGGUGUCAUGGACAUUGUUCUUGAUGGACAAGAGAGCUUGUUGGACAUUGGGCAUUCUGAGCGUAUUGAAAAUCAGCAAGCAGAUAUUGAAGACUAUGAAGAAAACUCUUUUGACUUCACAAGUGGACAAAAAGUUGCUGAUGAUACUUCAGACUCAACAAAAAUGUCUGAUGAUGAAAGUAUGAAAGACAUCUACUUUAAUUUUGAAAAGGAAGCUGAAAGGUUGUCUGAACAAUAUUCACUACACUUUUUUGGAAAAUUCAAUUAAAUGGAUCUUUUCUGAAAAUACUGGAGAUAUAACAAUAAUGCAUUCCAAAGACCAGCAGAGUUUCUGUCCUGCAACCUUGUUCCCUCAGACUACAAUGUCCCAAUGACAUCUGCUGCACUGGUGGAAGAGUAUGUGUACUACCAUCUCUUGGAACAGAGGAACGAGCCCGUGGGAGUAAAAUCAGGAAUCAUUUCACACAAUGUAUUAGAAAUAUCCCUUCUCCCCAGAAAUUUAGACCAAAGAUUGGCAGAUUUUGUUUUGACCAAGAAUAUCAUCACAUAAAUUCAAGGCAAGUUAGUAGGUGAGAUGUAGAUCAGUCGUAAUCUCUUUGAAUGGUCUACUGUUGUUACACUUAGUCAGAAGAGUCUGUUUUAAUUGAUGUUUGCAUUUAUUCUUCAAAACUACACAUUUUUGGUCAUUUCAUUGCUAUGGCAACCUGAUCCCCAUCACCGUCUUUCCAGCUGCCUUAUCACUGCCUCUCUUAGACUAGCAACACACCCAGAUCCAGAAAUACUACAACUGUGGAGCUUCAGUCCUUUAAAAGGACAUGCUGUCUUUUAUUGGAAUCCAGGCAGGAAAUGGAGCCAAAAGAGGAUAAGCAGAGAAACCCGCUCAGUAAUUUGAAUACCUUUUAUUCAUGGAGAGCAUGCUUUGAAGACAGGUUGGAACUUGGAAGAAAUAAAAGAUCAGAUGACGACUCAUUUGGAGCAAUGCCAUUACAUAUCCAUAACACAUUGAAAAACUUGUUACUUCAGUCUUAAUGUCUCAUGAGCAAUCUGUCUGGACUACAGAAACACCAAGUAAAUAAAUCAGCCUUGUGAUAUCAAGUGAGAUCAGCUCAUUUCCAGACAGAUAAGUGAAUAUCUUGGUGAGUAGGCCUCUGAUAAGUGCAGUGUUUCAAACUGGCACAGGUA